CCGGAGUGACUCCGGUUUUUUUUUUUUCCCCCACUGUGUUGUCCGAGGUGCUGGCGGGGAAGGGGGGCGCCGCGGCGGCCCGGCGACUGGCCACCCCCUCCGCCCUCCCCUCGCCCUUCCCCAUUGAUUUCUGGAUCAUUAAGUGGUUAAGGCGCUGCGAAGCCUUCACUAUCGAUCGCUGCCUCCCCACCUCCGGCUGGGAGCCCCCGGGCUGCCCCCCAGCCCCGCCGCCGCGGCUCCGGGCACGGGUGGGGUGGCCGGGACCCCGGGUGAGCUUGGGGUCCGUCCCCCCUCACCCCACCCCUUUCGCGGCCAAAGUUUGACUCUGCCUCCCUCUCCCCCCCUCUCCUGUCUGUCUGUGAGUGCAGCUGGGCGCGAUGCUGAAGACGGAGCAGCCCUGGAUCUAACGCGCGGCGCCUCGGAGAGCCCUGCAGCAAUUGUUGCCCGGAUCCCAGACUGAACUUUGCUCUUUUUUUUUUUUUUUCCUUUUUACCUUGUUUUUAUUUAUUUUUUGUUUUUCCCUCCUGUUAUUGUUAAUUAUCGUUAUCAACCCGCUUCCGCCGCGCCCUCCCCGCCAAUGCCCGUGUGAGCGCCGGCACCUCGCGGGGGCCAUGGAGGGCUCCACCGGCUUUGGGAUCGACUCCAUCCUCUCCCACCGAGCCGGCAGCCCGGCCGUGCCCAAGGGGGACCCGCUGGUGGGGGACGGCCGGUCCCCGCUGGAGCUGAGCCCCCGCUCGGAGGGCAGCAGCGGGUGCCCCUCGCCCCGCUCGCCGGGCCGCGAGUGCCUGGAGGCGGCGGUGCCGCGGCCGGGCCUGGAUGCGCAUCUCCAGCCGGGGCAGGUCUCGGCUCCCUCGCAGUCCCGGACCGUCACCUCCUCCUUCCUCAUCAGAGACAUCCUGGCCGACUGCAAGCCCCUGGCCGCCUGCGCGCCUUACUCCAGCACCAAUGGACCUCACGGCGGGCAGGAGCCGGCGGGCAGGAUCCCCACCAAGCCCGGCGAGGAUUUUAGGGAGAAAAUGGAAAAAAACACCAGCAGCUCCUCCUCGGACUCGGAGUACAAAGUGAAAGAAGAAGGGGACCGAGAGAUCUCCAGCUCCCGGGACAGUCCCCCGGUGCGGCUGAAAAAGCCGCGCAAAGCCCGCACCGCCUUCACCGACCAUCAGCUGGCCCAGCUGGAGCGCAGCUUCGAGAGGCAAAAAUACCUGAGCGUGCAGGACAGGAUGGAGCUGGCCGCCUCCCUCAACCUCACCGACACGCAGGUGAAAACGUGGUACCAGAACAGAAGGACCAAGUGGAAAAGGCAGACGGCGGUGGGCCUGGAGCUGCUGGCUGAGGCUGGCAACUAUUCAGCCCUCCAGAGGAUGUUCCCCUCGCCCUACUUCUACCCGCAGAGUUUGGUCUCCAACCUGGACCCCGGCGCCGCCCUCUACCUGUACCGCGGACCCAGCGCGCCGCCCCCCGCCCUACAGAGACCCUUGGUGCCCCGCAUCCUCAUCCACGGACUGCAGGGCGGCAGCGAGCCCCCGCCGCCCCUGCCCCCGCUGCCCGGCGUGCUGCCCCGGGCCGCGCAGCCCCGGUGA